UACUAAACAGCAAAUCAAAAUGUUCAAACUUGUUGUUGUCUUUGCUCUGAUUGCUGCCGCUUUCGCAGCCCCAGAAGCCGCACCAAAGGCCAAAGCCAAGCCCGGAGUCCUGGCCGCUGCUUACACCGCUCCGGUUGUUGCCGCUCCUGCUGUAGCUUAUUCCGCUCCUUAUGCCGCUUACGCCGCUGCUCCUUUGGCCUACUCUGCAAGAUACGUUGCACCUUCGGUCUACGCUGCAGGAUACUCGGCCUAUUCUGCGCCACUUGUUGUUGUUUAGAGUCGUAGGGGAAUGUAGAUAAAAAUAAAACAAUACACGAGCUUUAA